AUGGAUACAAAACCACUAUCAAAAGAUUCCAUGCGGUCCACAUGGCGCACGGCGGACCGUUCUGAAUGGACUCAUGCCCACUGGGCUCUGGAGAUACUCAACGCCCACCCGAUCGAGCUGGGCAAGGAAGUGCCAAUACACCAAAAAGAUGAAAAACUCCCCUAUAUGCCACAAUGGUCCCUUCAACGCUGGGUCCUCUUUUACUCAGCCCUACCACUCCUCUUCCACCAAGCAUUCAUGCUCUACACCGGCCGCACACUAGGCCCCUUCGCCACCUUCAACCUAUACUUCUUCGCCUUCAACGCAACAGUCAUCUACCAAGUACACGUCCUCCGGCGAAUGGGCCAUAUCUACGGCUUCCUAGACGGCGACAAGCACGACCGCGACGGCGUCCCAGACGUAGGCGUCGCCAAAGUAGUCGCCUCCCUCUACAAAACAACCGGCUCCCGCCUCGUCCUAGCCACAUACUUAACCUAUAACCGAAACCUACUCCCCUCCCAACUAAACUGGGCCUGGCUACCUCUCGAAAUCGGGCUAUACGGCAUCGUCCUCGACUUCUGGUUCUACUGGUACCACCGCCUCAUGCACGACGUGAACUUCCUGUGGAAAUUCCACCGCACGCACCACCUAACCAAACACCCGAACCCAUUGCUAGCCGCGUAUGCAGACCACGAGCAGGAAUUCUUCGAUAUGGUGGGCGUCCCGUUUAUGACGUGGCUUAGUCUGAGGACGAUGGGUUUGCCGAUGGGAUUUUAUGAGUGGUGGAUUUGUCACCAGUAUGUUGCUUUUGCGGAGGUGUUUGGGCAUAGUGGAUUGAGGAUGCAUUUGACUGUGCCGUCGACGUUGAGUUGGUUGUUGCAGUGGCUGGAUGCGGAUAUUGUGAUUGAGGAUCAUGAUUUGCAUCAUCGGAAGGGGUGGAGGAAGAGUCAUAAUUAUGGGAAGCAGACUAGGCUUUGGGAUAAGAUUUUUGGGACCUGUACGGAGAGAAUUGAGUCGGCGGCUGAUAAUAUUGAUUAUGUCAAUAUUGCGAAGAUGCCUCUGUUUUGA